UGUGCAACCAUCGCACAUCCAUCCGCUAAUGGUCCGCUAUCCACGAUUACGAUCCGUUGGUUGACUGACCCUGGGCAGCUAGGCCUUAGUAACUGCGCCAAUUUAUCAUCGUUCUUUGCCUUUGCUGCACAAGUCUUUUGUCUUUUGCAGUAUUUUUUAGAAGCAUAAAGUUAUUUUGUCAUAUUUAUUUUGCGUUGAAGGAGCCAACGGAAUUAUGGAAGAAGAACGGAAUAACACUCGUCGAUGUGGGCAAAUUGGAGAAGGAGACGAAGACGAACUGUCAAUGGUUGAUGUUUUGAAUGAGCAGGCUCGUCUCCAAGCAGAUGCGAACGCCGUGUUGGGAGGCAGUGAUGAGCACAAUUGUACCUAUCCAUCGGGUUAUUUGAAGCGUCAAGCCCUGUAUGCUUGUGCCACCUGCAGCCCUGAUGGUCUGGCUGGAGUGUGUCUUGCCUGCAGCUACGCAUGCCAUGAAGGUCAUGAACUGUACGAGCUCUACACCAAGAGGCAUUUCCGAUGUGACUGCGGCAAUGAAAAAUUUGGAAACAAAGCAUGUAAACUAUAUGCAGGCAAAAUGGAACACAACACGAAGAACAGAUAUAAUCAGAAUUUCAAAGGUGUUUACUGCAGCUGUUCAAGGCCCUAUCCUGAUCCAGAGGAUACAGUGGAAGAUGAAAUGAUACAGUGUGUUGUAUGUGAGGACUGGCACCAUGGACGACAUCUGAAUAUUCCAGUCCCUGAGAAAGACUUCAGUGAAAUGAUUUGCCCAGCAUGUAUGGCAAAGCAUCAGUUUCUUUGGGCAUAUCACGUUCAAGGUGAAGUGACAGAAAUACAAAAAGAAGAAACUGAUAUUGAUAACAGCUCCCCGAUUGUGAAGGUUGAGGUUGAAGAAGCAGAAAAUAAAGUCAAAACAGAAACAUCGCAAACACUCUGCGCGGGAAAGUGUGAUGAGGCUGCGACAUCAUUAGGACAUCAAGAAAAUGGAAAUGUAAAAAGAGAAGAUGUGAACGGGCACAAUGGAGUGACUGAUGUGAAAGGGGAGAGCUCUGAUCAGACGUCGCCAGGAAAGGCUCAGAAGAGAGAGCGGCAGGAGUCUGACAGUGCGCAAAAAGCUGAGUGUUCUUCUCCCAAAAAAAUGAAGCCGGAUGUCAGUGACAAUGGAGUGCAGAAUGAAGUGGAAGGUGCAGAGGCAAAGGAUAAGUGUCUGUUAAAAGCCCUCCAGUGUCGAGAAAUGGAACACCCAGAGACUGCAGCAUUCUGGCCAGAAGGCUGGAGACAAAAGCUGUGUCGCUGUGUGCAGUGCAUGGAAAUGUACAAAGACAAAAACAUUGAGUUCCUGUGUGAUGAGUUGGACACAGUUCAGGCAUACGAGGACAAGGGCAGGGAUACAGCCAGCAAUACUGAGGAAUCAGAAGCAUCAGCUUUAGCGGGAAUGGACAGAGUGCAACAGAUUGAAGUGGUUCGAGGGUUUAUCGACAUGAAGUCACAGCUGAACGAGUUUUUGCAAGGAUUUGUUCGGGACGGCAAGGUGGUCACAGAGUCCGACAUUCGAGAGUUUUUUCAAAGCAUGCAGCAAAGAAGACGGGGUCAGAUCGGAGUACCACAGCGAUUUUGUCGUUGAUAUUUUCAUCACCAUUGUUGUCUAUGUCACACCUAGACAAUGUACUACAUCAUCAAACUGCAACAUCUGCUGCAAGAACAAAAUGCAACAAAUGUACUAAAUGUUCAUCUAGAAAUAGUUUUCUUUGUCAUCAUGAAGAUUUGCAGCCAGCGAUCAGAUUUUUUAUGACAGCUUCUUUUUUUUUCUUUUUUUUGUUGUUGAGAAAAAUGAGGUGGCAGGUUUGGUUAUAGUUUUUAUACAUGGGGUUUUUAUACCUUUCAGAAAUAGGGAAAAGGUUGGUUGAUAACUGUGGUAUAUGAAUUCAACAUUAACUUUGAUAGACAAAGAUACAAUAUGCUUUUGAUUUUUAACUUACACGGGAUAAUCAGGGUGACUGCCAGGCCCCGGGGCUCCGGAAAUCUCAGAGACCCGAGAAUGUAAAAUGCCCCGCUAAAGAUGCGUGUAAAUACUUAAAAAUUCUCGAAUAUUUGAAAAUAAAAUCCGAUACUGUCCUUAACCCCAACUCUGGCAAGGGCCGAUUAGCUCGGCCGAUUUCCUGCCAUGAAACUGGCAGGGCCGAUCUCAUAGGACCAUAUAGUAAACUGCUGCCUCUGCCUUCCAGCUAAAUAUUUGGGGCUUCCUAAAGUGAUUUCUGAUUGGCUGAAAGGCUAUCCUCCAACCAGUCAGAAUAUUUCUAUCAUUCUGGCUUAGGGGAAGAGUAUUUUCUUUUCAAAACAGAGGGAUGUUUUGAAAGCUUGUUGUCGCAUGUGGGUCAGAACACAACCAGUGUAGGUCUAUCGCUUGUGCUACUCAUGUGGGUCUUAAAUGGCCAAAAAUCUAUCUUUGUUUAAGACAGAUUGCUGAAAACUGCAUGGUUGUACUUGUUUUUAUUUUGAGCAUGGUGUGAAAGUUGCGAGUAUCAGUUGCGCUCGAAACAUACCACAUGACGAAUUGAAACAGUCAUACCUCAUUACCUGUUCUUCUCGAACCUAUAAAACUACAUUUUAUGGAAGGUUAUUGGAAAACCUGUUUUUCUGCUUUUUCACAUUUUUCAUAACAUGAUAUACAUUAGAUGGUGAAUAUGCUUAUGAGCAUGGACAUUUUUUUAUGUCAGCCAUCUUGGAUUUCAAAGUUACAUAACCCCUUGUAAGUUAAAAUGAAAUCAUAUGUUCAAA